AAUGGAUGAGGAAUUUUACACAAUUCCCCCAACAUCCUUACCUCAUGGAAACCAACCAAAUUCUACCGAAUUUCUUCACACUAAUACAGUUGGUAUUUUUGUCGAUAGUGAAUGGAAUGGAGGUAAUACUUCUUUGGAAGGUGUUAUUCAGCAUUGUCCAGCAAUUUAUAUUCCAACUCCAUUACAGAUUCCCCAAGCUGUUAAACAUAUCUAUAGCCGACUUGCUGCUUCCGCCGACUCUCUAGACCAUGGAGUUCCCGAAUUGAUACUUUCACUUGUUGGAACAGGAAAUUCUUUUAGUUUUGAAGUUUUUGGAUUUUAA